CCGUUGUGCGCUGAAUGCCGUCAAGGGUGUGGGUGUGGCUGGGUGGGGUGGGGUGGGUCGUGGUUUUAUCUCUGCGAGUGGAUAGCUGGAUAACUGACGAAUGGAUCUUCUAGGCCUAGACUCUUCUCAUGCAUGAUGUGAAGAAGAUGUGGCAUGCAUACGGAUGGCUGGUCAGCCAAGCAUGGAAUGUGAGUAUCAACGUCAGCAAGACCCCUCUCAGUCAGCUGUGGCCACCGUCGCCCUGCUGCAGACGGAACGAAUCAACACAGACCAGACACCCGCGACAGGCCGGCAGACACACACACACACACACACAGCGGCUUGUUGGUUGUUGCAUCCAUUCCACGUGCAGUCGGUGGCCUUACCGACAGAGUGUUCUAUCCAGUCGUGAACCUGUACAGACCCCAUUUGUACCGCUCGGCGCCCGACCACCGCUGGAGGCACGCCCGCAUGGUGCUCUGCACACAGACAUGCAGCACCACGGUACACGCAUCAGCCCGUUGGUGCUGCCCUGCUGUCUGUCUGGCUGAUAUACGUACGGGGAUGUCCUGUCGCUGCCCGAUGGCCAGCAGGAGCCUGCCCAUCCCCUUGGCGCACGGAGCGAGGUCCUCCUCACUCAGGCCACUCGCCUGCGCCAGUCCGUCGGCCUACAUACACACCACAUUACAGCCACAAGGACACACGAACGCAGAUUAGGGUUAUGUCUGUGUGUGUGUCAUGUAAUGUGUUGUGGCUUACGAAUGCGGCCUCGCCGGCAUUCGGCUGCCCGGGGCGGACCAUCCACGUCUGCCGUGUCUGCAAGACGGCAGCUGCCUGCAUCCAGGUGGGUGGGGGAUGGGUGAAUCCAUGGAUUGAUGGAUUGAUGGAUGUAUUUCUGAGUGUGCUCGUGUGAGUGCGUACGGCGAGGGUCUUGGGUGUGUACUUGGCCAUGUCGAAGUCCGUCAGCGCCAACUCCUGCACACCACACAGACCACACACAGGUCGGUGAAUGCGUGUUGUGUCUCCCUCGUGUGUCCGACUCACCAGCAGGAAGUCGACGAAUGCACGGUGCUUCGAGCCGCCCGAAAUCCCGCCAGCCGCCGCGAAACGGUCAGCAAAGUCGGCAGCCGUCCGAUCUGCCGCCAGCCACACUGCCGUCAGCUUGCUCGCCACCACGCUGCACACACACAUAUCACAUCAAGAUACACACGAUGGUGUGUGCCUAUGAUCGGUUCGCCUCGUUUAUGACUCGAUCAUGGCCUUUUCGAUGGCGAUGAUGUCCUCUUCGAGGUAGAUACGGGAGCGGAACGCAGACACGGGCUCCUCGUUGAGGGCGGCUGUGAGGUCGCUGAGGGGCAUCUGGUGGCUGGAGGCCAUGUAGAGGCACGUGUACCCGACCUGCACACACACACCACCACGCAACACACAUGAGGGAGAGGGAGGCGUGAAUAUGUGUGUGUGUGUGUGUGUGUGUGCGCGUACGGCCAGCAGACUGAAACGGGGGAUACCCGAGUUGGCGAACUCCGUGUUGGCUGCACGCCAGAAGACAAUCAAGAACACCAACGCACACAAUAUGAAUGCCGCUCUCUCUGUGUGUCGGUUUUGUCUGUGUGUGUGUACCCGUGUAUAGGUAGCAGUCCUUGAGGGUCACCGCCAAGUUGAGCGUCCUUGUGUGGAUGCCAAACUUGUCCGAGGCGGCCAUCAUGCGGUCCACCACGUGGCCGCGGAUGUCGGUCUUGAACUCGUCCGAACAUGACCCUGGGUAGUCGGCCGGCACACACAGACCCUGCCACACAUCGAAGACAUACACAUCACGGUCAGAUUGCAUAUGUGGGUGUGUGGGUGUGUGUUGUGCGUACGUCAGAGGGCGUCCUGGGCGGUGUGGAUUUCUUGAUCUCGCCGUAGAGUCUGUCACUGAGGUUGUAGCGCUCAUCUGUCCGCCAACGCUCGACGAAACUCGCCUGCAGAUUCCAUCCCAUCAAACCACACAUGGCCCAGGUGAGUGUUGUUGAGUGGCCCUACACACAUGUGUCGUGUUUGUGUGUGACUGCUCACUCACCAUGGCGCGGUUUUCGGCUCGGUUGAGCUGCUUGAGGGUCUGCCACAGGUCCUGGACAGCCGGCAUGAUGUCGGUGUACGUCAGGCCGCUGACGCGCUCCAGCUCGGGCGGCUGUGGGUGAGUGACAGGUCACACAGAUAACACACAUAUGUCACCCCUUCUGUUUGUGCGUGUGUGUGUGUGUGGUGCUGGCUGCACACGUACAUAGUCCUCUUCCUCAGGCAGGUCCAGGCAGAGGCUGCGCGCCCCCCACACACAGGCGGCCUGGAAGGAACAGACCAACAUACACACGACACCAGACGUGACACACGGGCUGGGCACUUCAUUCCUUUGUGUCUGUCUGCGUACUGUGAGCAUCUUGGGCCCGUAUUUCGCGAGGUCGAACUCAGUCAACGCCAACUCCUGCACACCACACCACACCCCACCAUAGCCACACAUGGAUGUGUGCGUGAGUGUGUCUGGGUGGGUGUGACCUCACCGCUAGGAACUUGGCAAACAUGUGCGGCUCGGUGCCGCUCGGCAGCUGGGCGGCCAUGGCGUAACGCGCCACCAGGUCGGCGGCGGUCUCGCACUCAAAACCAGAUCCAACAACGCUGCAAGAAACACCACACCACACCACACACACAGACGCAUACCGACACACAUACAAUGACAGACAGGGCAUCUCUCUCCCCCUCUCUCUGUGUGUGGGUGGGAGGGGUGGGACGUGCAGGUGUACCUUUUGACUUUCUUCUCGAUGUCUACGAGCGCCUGGAGGUCAUACGACUUGUUCUUGGGCAUGUCGUUCAUGAGUUCCACGAUCUUCUGGCCGAACUCCCAAGACGCGCCGCCCUUGACCUGCUGCUGCGCGAUCCAGAUGCACGUGUAGCCCACCUGACACACAUGACGAUGAACACAAAAAGGUGGAGGUGUUGUAUGGCCGAGUGGGUGUGGGUGUCUGUUUGCGUGUACGGGUGAGAUGCUGAUGCGCUUCAUGCCGGGGCAGUACUUGGAAACUGACACAGAUGCACGAAGCACCCACACACAGAGAGUCUGUCGUCCGCUCUGUGUGUGUGUGUGUGUGUGGUGCUAUGCGGGCUCACAUACCUAGGUAUGAGAACUGGUCCGUGAGGUUGGCCGCGAGGUAGAGCACUCUGUAGUGCAGGUUGAGCUCCUCGGCGGCCUCGAACAGUCUGUCCACCAUCAUGCCCCGCGCCCCCUGCUUCCAGUCCGCAGAGCAGUUGGCGACAUAGUGACCCGGCAACACCAACUCCUGCACACAGGCAAGACAGAAGACACACGCGCACACAGGCGAGGUGUUCACAGCCCUCAUGAGCUCCGAUCCCCUGUUUUGCAUGCGUACCUUGAUCUGCACGUCCACCGCCUUUGGCUCCAUCACCAUGAUAGCUUGCUCAUCCCUCUCGCCGUCCUGCUCGCCAUCCUUCUCGCUCAGGCGGCCCUUCCGGCAGGUUUUCUUGGCCUUCGGCAGAAGCUCGGGUGGCAUGUAUAGCAGGUCCUGACGCACACAGGGAAAUGGUCGGAUGGAUGGUUGGAUGGAUGGAUGGGUCUGGCACGUCAUGCAUCCCUCCCACAUGGCUGCUUACGCGUUUGCCUAACAUCCCAGAGGCCAUCACGAUGGUGGCGAGGGACGCCACAGGGGGCCUGUCCUCUAUGUGCACGGAGCUGUACGGGAAGCUCAGACUGAUGCCGUCGGGAGCGGACUUGUAGUACGUGUCGUCAAGAGGACACCUCUACGGGGCAGUGAUUGACACUGGGAACUAUUUCCUCCACGGAGAGAACAGAAAUGUGGAGGAAAGGUGUGGAUUUCGAUCGCUGAGGGCGGCGUUUCAAGGGGCCCUUCCCGGAUCUCUGUUUCUGGCGGUCGUUCGGGUACAGGAGUCAGGUUUCGUCAGGUUUGCACUGGUCCAAACAAGAUCCCAGCACAAAAUCAGAAGUUCCCGGAGGGUCUGGCAAGUUAUCGCCUCGAGGACAAUUUUGC